AUGCUCUAUCAAAUAACAUCACCGAUUGCCAUUAAAUUAAUUGAUAAUCGGCAAAAAUAUCUGUUCAAAGAACUUUUCGAUCAAAAUAUAAUACAAACGUGGGCGAAAGAACUGAAAUUAUCGUGCGAAGAAAAAGAUAAAUAUGGCGCUAUUGUAGAAAUCUGUGGACCGCAAAUCGAACAAGGUCAAUUAAUGCGUCGUAUUGGUGACUACGCAGACGAAUUUGAUCAGCGGUUCAUUGUUUACGAUUUGAAUGCUACAACUGUCGGUUAUUUCGGCCGUCAAAAAGCUGCCGAUGUGAAAUUACAAGAAAUCGAUAAAAAGUAUCAAUCUAAAGGUUGCAGUGUCGUUCUUGAUCGUCGAACAAGUUCCAUCAUUUUUUAUGCGCAGCCAAACGCAACAAUAGAAGCAGUUACUACUUGUAAGACCGACAUCGAACAAUUACUGAAGAUGUUCGUUAACAUAAAUGACGAUGAUGGUUCAGAAAUGUCUGAUAUAACUUAUCAACAAGAUAAUACGCGUGAAUGUUCGUUUUGUAAACAGAAAAGAAUUGCCACUCGAACAUUUCGUAUAUGUGGUCACGCCUACUGCCGAUGUGCGGUGAGCACAUUGAAGAAAUUGCCGUUGAGUUGUCCAAGAUGUAGACGGAAUAUUCAUAUUCAAGAUAUCAACGAGAUGUUCUGCAGUAAUCGUGGCGAUUUAGUUGAAUUAUGCAAAGUUGCUAUUCAAAACUAUCUUAAUUGUCCUACCAAUGCGACAGACAAAGAUCUUUUAUUUUGCCCGAAUGAGUCGUGUGAGGGAUUAAUCUUUCGUAACAAAGAUUAUCAAACAUGUCUUACUUGUGGACGUGGUGUAUGCGCGAAUUGCAAACUAAUCGACGAUGAAUUGCACGAAAAUCGUACGUGCGUCGAACGUGAACAAUUGAGAAAAGAGAACACAGAAUUUUUUCCACAACUUUUCAAAAAUGUCGAAGAAUUUGUUAAGGACAAUUGGCCACCAGAAUUGCCACGUAUUGUCGAUAUUAUUUGCAAUCCAUAUCUCAAACAACCAAAUACUCCGUCGUUGACAUGCUUUUAUGAAGGCGUUCGUGAACUGGGAUGUCAACCACCACCUGAUAUAAACCAAGGUUUCUUUGGUUUCCAUGGUACAUCAGCGAAAGCUGUGGAAUCGAUUUGCUAUUUUGGUUUCGACCCUAGUCGACGUUCAGGUCAAGUCUAUGGAAGUGGAGAAUACUUCGGUGUUAAAGCAACUAUUUCACAUGGCUAUUCCAUCAAAGAUAAUCCAUUGUCUGAAAGUUAUAUGAUGCUUGUCGCUUAUGUUAUGAAAUGCGAUCGAGUCAAAACUCAUAAAGAUUUUUGCUAUGUAGUGAAUAAUCCAACUGAUUGGAAGACUGCGUUUAAUCUACCGGUAGCUGUAAUUACAUACGGAAAAAAGGCGGAAAAUAAGUUGAACUUUUCGUUUACUCUCAGUUCAACUUGUACAAGUCAACUUCCAGAAACCAGCCGUUUGAAGACAUGGACAUCACCUUUCCGCUGGGCUUGGCGCAAAGACGAUUUGACAUUCGAGCCGUACAAUGACAAGAUCAAUCAGAUACUGGAAGAGUCUUACGAAAAAUGGAAACUUCAUAAAGGCCCGUCAUUCUUCGUCACACCACCACUUAUUCGUUAUAUCGAUGAUAUUCCGCAAACGUAUCAAAUUGACUUCGCAGCAAAUCGACAAACUAAUACGAAAACUCAUUUUCCGCGUAGUAUUCAACGAAACCGUCUGGAAGACUCGAAAAUUAAUGUCAAAGUACGAUGGUUCUACCAAAAUGAACACAAACUAUGGACACCUUACGAAACUAUGGUACAACAAGACAUUGAGGAUGCCUAUCAAGCCUAUGUAAAAGGUGCUGGUUCGAGUAAAUGGUGUGUUCAAUUUCCUGGUCGACCGGAACGAUAUGAAAUCAAUUUUGUCAUGGGCAUACAAACCAAUACGGUCUCGAAUGAACCACGAGAAAUAAGACGUGAAUGA